AUGAGCGAACAUUCAUCUGGGGUAUCACGAAAACUGUUUUGUAAUUCUGAUAAAUUAUUUUAUGACAAUUUUAAGAAUUUAGAUGAUCGUCUUAAUUUGAAUAAUAAUUUUAAUGAGAAUAAAUAUGAAGAAAUACACCAUAAGAAAUAUAUGAGAAAUAAUCGGAGAUUUAAAACGGAGCCUCCAAAGAAUUUAUAUGAAAAUGAAGGUGAUCAAUCUUAUUCUUCCUUUUUUCAUAACAUACUUAGAAGUAUAUCAAAAAAUAUAAGAAAUGAUGAUGAUAAUGAUGAUGAUGAUGAUAAUAAUAAUGAUAAUGAUUAUGAUAAUAAUAUUGAUGAUAAUAAUAAUGAUAAUAAUAAUAAUAAUACAUGCUGUGAUAUAUCCCCUUGUGAGGGAAUCUCUAAAAAAAUGAGAUCGAUUCAUAACAAAAUUCAUAAAGACCAACCUGGAGGAUAUUACAAAAAUUUUUUAUAUAAUAAUAAAAAUUCAUCUAAAGAGAAAAAAAUUAAUAAUAUUUGUUCUUCAAUAAAUAAAACUCAAAGAACAUUAAAGAGAAUAGAUACUAAUAUAAACCAGACAUCCAAUAAUAUGAAAUAUUUAAAAACUGUUAACAGUGAUAUUAUAUCAGAUGUCUUUUUAAAAAAUAAUGUUAAGAGUUUAAUUGUUUAUGACACAGGUGGUAUAGACAUUGAGCUCAUAGAAAAUGAAAAUCCAGAAUUUCUAUAUCAUACAUAUACAGGUAAUAUAAUAUCAAAUAUGUAUUAUGAAUAUGAUGAUUCUAUAAAAAAUAAAGAUACAUAUAAAAAUGAAGAAAAAAAAGAUACAAUUAAUUCGUCCUUAUCAUAUAGAGAAAAUUAUAUAUUUAAAAGGGACUAUAAGUUGAGUUACUCUUAUAAAAAUAAAGAUGAUAAUGAAAAAAUAAAAAAUAAUUCCUCAGAAAAAAAUAAUAUUAUGAAUAAUUCUAGUGAUAUGAGUAGUAACAGUGAUAGUAGUAAAAUGUUAACAAAUAAAAAAAAAGAAAAUAAUAUAAAUAAAAAUAAUAAUAUCUAUUAUAAUAAUCAGUGUGAUGGUAAUAUUUUAUAUAAUGAUGUAAAUAAUAAUAAAAUAAAUUAUAACAAAAGUAGUGUAGAUAAUAAAUAUUUGUGUAAAGACACAUGUGAAAAUACAUAUAAAAAUAUAUCUAAUAAAUAUGAUUUACAAGAUUAUAAUACAAAUUCUUCUACAGAAAAAUAUUAUAAUAUUAAAAAUAAAAAUUCCUUAGUAAAUAAAAAUAAUAAAUAUAUACAUAAUACAUCAUCUGAACGUAGUAAAGGUUAUCGUUCUUAUUCAUCAAUAUCUAGUAUUGUUUCUUUGAAUGCUUAUGAAAAAGAAAAUAGAAAGAAAUAUUAUUAUAUAGGAGAGACUAUGAAUAAUAUAAGAAAUGGAUGGGGUAUGCUUAUAUAUAAUGAUAGAGUUAUAUUUGAAGGGGAAUAUAAAAUGAAUAAUGCUAUAGGAUAUUUUAUAAAAUAUAAUGAAUAUUCAACAGAGAUAGGAUAUCGAAGUCCUAUAAGUGUAAAGUCUGUAAUUAUUAUGAGUGAUAAUGACAAUUUUAUUGUUCAAAAUAGGUCAGAAAAUUUGGACACAUCAAAAAGUGGGAAUGACCAAGAUGGUAGUGAUAAUUGGAAUAUAUAUAAUGUGGAAGAUGACAAUAAUAAUGAUAAUAAUGAUAGUAUUAAUAAUAAUGAUAAUAUUUAUAAUGAUGAUAGUAUUAAUAAUAAUGAUCAUAAUAUUUAUAAUAAGCAUGAUUAUAUUUAUAAUAAUCAAAAUAAUGAUAUUAAUUGGAAUAAUAAUAAAGAAAACCCUUCUAGCAACAAAAUUGAUCAGAUUAAUAAGAAUAAUUGUAAAAUAAAUUGUAAUGAAAACAUCAAUAAUUUAAAUAUAAAUAUACCUAUUUAUGAUAAUUAUUCUAAUCCUAUAAGUAAUCCUUCUUACCAUAUUAAUUUAAAAUGUGCAAGUAAAUCAUUACAAAAUAAAGAUAAUAAAAUGAUUUCAAAACAUAGUAAAGAAGAAAAUAACUGUUAUAUAAAUAAUGAUAUAAUAAAGAAUAUAAAAUUUUCAGAAAAUACAGAAGAAGAUGAGAAAAAAUUAAAAAAAUUUAAUAAUCUUACUAGUUAUAUUAGAAGAAAUAGUAAACAUAAAACAUCACCUGCACGUUCUAUAAAUUAUUUAAAACCACCUGUUAUGAAUUUAAUAAGAAAUAAUAUUUAUUUUAAUAGAAAUGCAUUUUGUAAUAAUGAUAGUACAUGCAUUUCUACAUCUAAUUUACAUAGUAGUACUAAAAAAAAGAGAGAACAUAAAACUACUCAUUUUUUAAGCCCAAUGAAUAUUAUAAUAACAUCAUUAGAUACAGACGAUGAAGAUAAUAUUUCAGAUGAUAAUGUAAAAACGGAUGUUAUAAAUGGUUGCACACAAUAUGAAGAUGAAAGAAAGAAAUAUGAACAGAAUAUAAAAACAGAUGAGGAGCAAUCUAUUGAAACAAAUAUUAAAGAUAAUGAUAGUAGGGUUUUAUAUCAAUUAAAUAUUAAUAAAAAUAAUGAUAGAACUAAUGUAUCUGAUAUAGAAAAGAGGGAUUUUAAAGAAUAUGAAGAAAUAUAUGAUAAUGAAGAAAUAAAAACAGAUUAUUCUCAUAAUGAUAAUAAUAUAGAUAAUGUGAAAAAGGUGAAGUCUAUAAAUAUUCAUGAUGUUAAUAAUAAAAUAUAUAAUGAAAAUGAUAUGAACAAUUUUGAUAACCCUAAUAAUUAUAAUGAACAUAAUAAUAAAUUUGAAAAAUAUAUUAACAAAAAAAAGGGAGAAGAAGAAUCAACAUUAAAUGAUGAUCAAAAUAAAUUAUAUAUUAAUGCAUUUGAAAAAUAUAAAUAUCUUAUAUGUGAAAAUAUUAAUAAUGAUAAUUUUGUUAUUAAAAAUAAUCAAAUAACAACAUUUGAAAAGUUUAUAAAAAAUCAAGAAAAAUUUGAAAUAAAUAAUAAAUGGAGAGAUACUCUUAAUAAAAUUAGAAAGGAGAAUCAUAAUAUGAGACAAACAAUGCAACCUAAAAUAAAUAAUUAUGGAUUAGGUAAAUAUGUAUGUAGUAAUAAUAUGGAACAAAUAAAAAAGGAUAAUAUAUUGAAUGAUAGACUAUUGAUGGGUAAAAUUAUAAAGAUAAAAAAUGAAAAGAAUGAUAUAUAUAAUAAUAUAUAUAAUAAUAUUAAUUGUGAUAUAAAUAAUGAUCUUAUUAAUAAUAUUAAUAGUGGUGAUAAUAAUAAUAAUAAUAAUAAUAAUAUAUCUUCUGAAUAUUUAAAUAAUAAUGAUAAAGAAAAUAUAAAAUUUUGUAAUUGGGAUAGAAAUAUAUUUCCAACAAGAUUAAGAGGAGCUACAUUUCCAGAGACACAUGAUGAUAGACAAAAACAUUGUUUUUUAUUUAUUGAUGAUUAUUUAACAUCUAAUGAAAAUAAAUUUGAUAUUAUAAAUGAAAAUGUAAAAUUAAGAGCUUCUGAUUAUAAUAAAUGGUCUGUUAAUAUGUUAUAUAAUUUUCUUAAAAUGAUAGGUUUGAAAAAAGAAGCAUACUUAUUUAAAAUUAAUAAAAUUAGAGGAUAUCAUAUAUUAAAAUUAACAGAUAAAGAAUUGAAAAAAUUAAAUAUAAAUAAUAGUUAUGUUCGAAAAUUUGUACUUUCUGUUUUUCGAUUUUUAACUAAUUCGAUAGAUAACGCAGAUCCUUUAUCAUUGAAUUUUAAUUCUAAUAAAAAAUUUUCAUUUAAUAAUAUACAAAAUAUAUGUAAUAAUCAAAUAACUAUAUUAAAUAAAAUUGGAGGAGGUAGUUAUGCUCAAGUUUUUCGUGCAAAAUAUAAAACAAUCAAUGUUGCUUGUAAAAUUUUCUUAUAUAAACCUAAACAUUUAUCAGACGAAAAUUAUUGUGAAAGUUAUAUAUCAACACCACGUUCUAGUCAUAGGUAUAUAUUUCCAAAAAUUAAUAAAAAUAUAUAUGUAGAAAAUUAUAAAAUUACAGAUAUAAACAAGGAAAAACAAAAUAAUGAAAAUAUUAUUAGUAAUAAUAUACAUAUGAAUGAAUCGAAUUAUAUAGACCAUGUAUCUAAUGUAGAUGAUAUGAAUUAUAUUGAAGAAGAAAAUCAAAUUGAAAAUAAUAAUAAUAAUAAUAAUAAUAAUAAAUUUAAAAAUAAAAAAAAUAAUGAUAUAAAUAAUUCUUUAGAUACAUUACAGAGAAAUAAGAAAAUUAAAAAAAUGGCAAAUUUGGAAAUAUUUCGUUAUUUUCCAACACCAGUAAAAUAUCGAAAUUAUGAAGCCAAAAUUUUAUAUUCGCUACAAGAAUGUAAACAUGUUAUAAAAUUAAUAGGUGUUUGUAGUUUAAGAGAAGGAGAAGAAUCCUUAAUACUUCAAUAUUGUGCAGGUGGGAGCUUAGAAAAAUAUAUAUAUAAAGAUGAGAAAAAAAAAAAUUCUGCAUAUACUAAAUCUUUAACAAGACCCAAACUUGUUAAAAUAUUUCAACAAGUAGCUGAAGGAAUGUAUAAUAUUCAUACUAAUCAAUGUUUCCAUAGAGAUUUAAAAUUAUCAAAUAUAUUAUUAGAUGAAUAUCAAAAUGCAGUUAUAUCUGAUUUUGGUUUAUCUACUAAUUUUUCAUCAAAUGAUAGUCCAACAGCAUAUGCUAUUUAUGGUAAUAUAUUUUAUGCUGCACCUGAAGUUUUAAAAGGAGAAGGUUUUUUUAAAGAAUCUGAUGUAUGGUCAUUUGCUGUAAGUUUAUGGGAAGCCUUAACUAAAAAAAUUGCAUAUGAUGGAAUAUCAGCAUCAGAAGUUUUUUGUAAAAUAUCAUCAGGAGAAUUAUUCUUACCUAUUCCAAAAGAUAUUCCUAUCGAAUUAUCUCAACUUUUAAAAAGUAUGUUAGAUUAUGAUUUUACAAAAAGACCACUUUUUAAUGUUAUUGCAAAAAAAUUAGAACAAAUAAGAAUUCAAGCCGAAGAUAAAUUACAUUUGGAUAUUAUGUCCUUUUUUGAUGGCUAA